UUUGUCUUAAUCGUUGGUCGUGUGGGUUUUACCUCGAAUGCCACGGCAUCAUCCAAUGUAUCUUUUCAUUUUUUACUGUGUAUGGAAAGCAUAUUUAUAUAGGCAACUAUGCAGAUCACAGCGACCAUCCACAUGGCACUUCGGCUCAUGCGGAGGAACUGGCCAACACCUACCAAAGGCAGCUUCUCGAACUGGCACAGGACCCUUGGUGUUCUAAUCCAUCUUAUUUUGAUGCUGAUCGUUUCCGCCAUCACCGAUUGGAAGAUCACAGCGCCUUCUCCAUUCUAAUCUGAUCCGGGAGUGUAACGCUUACCAGCACU